AUGCCUCCCUCCCCACCCCCAGGGGCAACCACCCGGCCCCUAUCCGGCCACCGCCCGCUCCUAGGCGUCUCAACCAAGAUGUACUUCAGCCACGCGCGCACCACAGCCUUCACCACCACCCUCCUCAAACUCCUCACCUCCACCCCACAAGCCGCCACAGUGCUCUCCACGCUCGACGCCUUCCUCAUCCCGGACUUUGUCUCCUUGCCCGCCGUCCUCGCCGCCGUCGACACCUCCCUCACCACGCGGGGCGGGCGCGUGCGCGUCGGCGCGCAGGACUGUGCCGCGAGUGAUUUUGGCGCCUUUACCGGUGAGGUGUCGCCCGCGGUGCUGCGGGAGGUCGGGUGUGGGAUGGUGGAGCUGGGCCAUGCGGAGCGGAGGGCGCUGUUUGGGGAGACGGAUGCGGGGGUGAGGGAGAAGGUGGGGGCGGUGGUCAGGAAUGGGAUGGUGCCGCUUGUUUGUGUGGGGGAGAAGGAGGUGGGUGGUGACGGGAGGGUUGGGGAUGGGGAUGGGGAGGGUGGUGGUGGUAAUGAUGGUGGUGGUGACGGUGGGGAGGGCGGUGUGCGUGUCGCUGCGGAGGAGGUCGCUCGGCAGGUGGCCGCCGUGUUGGAGGGGUUGGACCCGGAGGCGGAAGUCAUCUUGGCGUAUGAGCCCGUUUGGGCUAUCGGGGCGCCCGAACCGGCCUCCGCGACGCAUGUGAAAGGGGUGGUGAGGCGGAUUAGGGAGAGUGAGGUUGUCAAGGGGAGGAGGGGACUGACGAGGAUUGUGUACGGUGGUGCGGCCAAACCGGGGUUAUGGGAGCAGCUGGGAGGGGAGGUAGAUGGGCUAUUCUUGGGGCGGUUCGCGCAUCAGCCGGAGCAGUUCGUGAAGAUGCUUUAUGAGGUUGCGGGGGUGCCUUACGAGGGUUCGUCAUGA